AUGACCACUACCUCUACCGCCAUCAUCAAGAACACCUACAGAAACGGCGACGGCCAUCGAAUUUUCAGGUGCUGUUCGGCUCGAUUGACACGGAAAAAGCAACGGCCAGAGACAACGACAGCGUCGGCCAGACAGUCGCUGUGCGACCACUCCCGCUUCUUCUUUGUUCUUUGUAUGCAUAAUCCAUCCCAUCAAGGCCCGCUGGUCUCCGCGUAUCCAGAUCCUCAACAAGGCGGUGAUGUGAGCCACUUACGCUCUGGAGGCGGAAAGUCGAAGACGUCAACGGCACAACCAACACGAACAGAGUUCUUGAUGGGGCAAGUAGUGUUCGGUCCCAUUGAAGAACAACUAACUGGUAAGCCGUGGCCGCCUACUCGUAGCCCCCGGCUCCCCGGUUUAGUGUUUGCGGAGACGGAACAAUUCCGAUACAGCCACCGCCUUUACACGUCAACGCGGGUUCUCGUUGCGUUUGCUGACGCGUCUUCCAUAGUGUUCUAG